AGAAGAGAGAGAGAGAGAGAGAGAGAGAGAGAAAGCCAAGGAGAAUCCCACCCUCUGAAAACAGCCGACUCUUGAUCUCCCAGGAUGGAUGCUAAGGGUUCAUUCCUCACCGUGGUCUGCUUGGUGCUUCUUCUCUGCUUCCAGUGUCCGGCGGCUCACCCCAUCCGUAGCCUCAGCCCGGCCGAGGAGCUGGCGAACAUGGAGUUACUCCUGGACAGGUUGGAGGAGAAAGUGGCCUUGUUGGAAGAUUUACAGGCCAACCCUGACGACUUCGAAAGCCAGGGAGAGCCCCAGGCUGAAGAGAAUCUCAGCGACAGUCCUCUGGCCGAUGAUUUCCCCGCCUUCUCUGACCGAACGGCUCUGCUGAAACAUAUGAGGGGGAUCCAGGCAGCCAAAAGCAUGCGAGAAUCGGGCUGCUUCGGCCGACGGUUGGACCGGAUUGGAUCCGUCAGUGGGAUGGGAUGCAAAGGACCCAGAAGACACUAAAAGUCGCUCCUUUUCUGCGGCGUGUGAAUUUCUGAAGAUUUUUUUCCAACUUGUGAGCACUAGGAGACAGAUCGAGAGCGCGCUCCCCCUAUUUAUUUAUUUAUUAACUUAUUUAUUACCUGCCCUUGUUUGCUUCUCUUCUUCUGCCCCCCUUUUCCUUUUUUCCAACAAAGAAAAAAAUGAUUUGUUUUCUUAUUUUCAGCACAGAGAACUUAGCUUGAAACAAUAAUUAAAACUACGAUUAUCUGACUCUUGUUUUGUGGUCUGGGAUUGUGUUGCGUGCUUUCGACUCUUCCGCUCCCUUUGCGGUUUUUAAAGACGUUUGCCUCUUUUCAGAA